AUGGCAGCAAACAAGAUGGCCAAUCCAGCCGUGGAUCCAAAUACGGAGGAGCAGAUCUACUUGGACGAAGUAGCUGCUGUCAAGCAAUGGUGGUCUGAUUCAAGAUGGAGGCAGACCAAGAGAGCAUAUUCUGCUGAGCAGAUUGUGGCUAAGAGGGGUAACCUGAAGAUUGAGUACCCAAGUAACGCACAGUCGAAGAAGCUGUGGAAUAUCCUCGAGCAGAGAUUCAAUGAGGGAGAUGCCAGCUACACAUACGGAUGUCUCGAGCCCACGAUGUUGACGCAGAUGGCGAAGUACCUCGAUACCGUCUAUGUCUCCGGCUGGCAAUCAUCUUCUACAGCUCCCGCUUCUGAUGAGCCUGGCCCAGAUCUGGCAGAUUAUCCCUAUACCACCGUCCCAAAUAAAGUCUCCCAUCUCUUCAUGGCACAGCUCUUCCACGACCGCAAGCAACGUGAGGAACGUGUUACGACCAAGUCGAAGUCCGACCGCAGCAAGCUCCAGAACAUCGAUUAUCUCCGCCCCAUCAUUGCAGAUGCGGAUACCGGACAUGGUGGCCUGACUGCAGUCAUGAAAUUGACCAAGCUGUUCAUCGAGAAGGGAGCUGCGGGUAUUCACAUCGAAGAUCAGGCACCGGGCACAAAGAAGUGCGGACAUAUGGCUGGAAAGGUCUUGGUGCCUAUCGCCGAGCACAUCAACCGUCUGGUUUCUAUCCGUGCUCAAGCUGAUAUCAUGGGCUCCGAUCUCCUCGCAAUUGCUCGAACGGAUGCUGAAGCCGCCACUCUUAUCACAACCACCAUCGACCCUCGCGACCACGCCUAUAUCCUCGGCUCCACAAACCGCAGCCUUGAACCGCUCAACGACCUAAUGAUUGCCGCCGAGAGGGAAGGCAAGACCGGCCCCGAACUCCAGGCCAUCGAAGAUGCCUGGACGGCCAAAGCAGGGCUCAAGGUAUUUGCCGACGCUGUCGAAGAGACCAUCAACAACAGCUCUCUCAUCAGCAAGAAAUCAAUCAUCAAGAAUUUCCGCUCCGAAGUUAAGGGGAAGAGCCUCCGGGAAGCGCGUGAGCUUGCCAAGAGCAUCACAGGUAUGGAGACCUUCUUUGACUGGGAUGCCCCGCGAACAAGAGAGGGGUACUAUAGACUCCAGGGCGGGUGUGAGUGUGCGAUUAACCGUGCGAUUGCGUAUGCGCCUUAUGCCGAUGCCAUUUGGAUGGAGAGCAAGCUCCCAGAUUACGCCCAGGCUCAGCAGUUUGCUGAGGGCGUCCAUGCGGUUUAUCCCCAGCAGAAACUAGCAUACAACCUCUCCCCCUCCUUCAACUGGAAGACCGCCAUGCCCCGCGCUGAGCAAGAAACCUACAUCAACCGCCUUAGCAAGCUCGGCUACUGCUGGCAGUUCAUCACCCUCGCCGGUCUGCACACCACGGCGCUUAUCUCUGACCAGUUCGCCAAGGCCUAUUCCAAACAGGGCAUGCGCGCGUACGGAGAACUCGUCCAGGAGCCGGAGAUGGAUGGUAAGAUUGAUGUCGUCAAGCAUCAGAAGUGGAGCGGAGCGAAUUAUGUUGAUGAGCUGCUUAAGAUGGUGCAAGGAGGUGUGAGCUCAACGAGUGCGAUGGGCAAGGGAGUUACAGAGGACCAGUUCCAUUAG